AUGGAAACUACAAAAAAUCCUGCAAAACUUCCCAAUCGCCGUUCAAGUGCAGCUUGGACGUGGAUAUUGCAUCAGAUCACCAUGGACAGCGUAGGUGUAACUCCAAAUAGAAAGAGGCAUCCGAGGCGUCGAGUUGCUGACACCUUGAGCAACUCUCCGGCAUCUUCUUCAUCACAACUGAAUGUGGAAUCUCCCGCCACCAAGCUCCUAGCCGCGCUCAGCAAAGCUCAGGGCAAACCUCUGCAAGACCACUCAAAUUCUGUGAAGCAUUCUAGUCAUGGUCAGAAACAAAAGAUCGAUGUGGUAGCUCCACGACAGAAAGAUCCUCGAAAAAAGGGAGGCGGUUCGCAAUCCCAGUAUGUUCCGCCGUCAACCACACGUACAGAUGAAGGCAUGAAUAGCGUAGCCUCACGAGUGAAUCGAAAUCAGGGAGUUGUAGGGGAUGUAGAACCGUCUACGUCGACCUCUCGAAAGGCUCGUGACAAUGCAUAUAAUCCAACCAAUCCUGUAGGUGAUGCUUACUCUUUAUGGUCCAUUAGUCCAACGAAGUCAGCACAAACUGCUCCACGCAUUCCACAUGAAGUCCUUCAAGAUUUGACUUUUCGAUUCCUUGCAAAUAUCCCGGAUGAAGAGAAAUCCGACAAAGUACGCAUGUGCUUUCAAGUCGAACUGGCUCACUGGUUUUAUAUUGAUUUUUAUUGCAAACAAGAGGCGCGGAAGGAUUGCGCACAAAUGGGGAUGAGGGAAUUUGCCAGACAAAUCUUCAAGCAUUGUGAGGAGCUAGCACCUUACGCUGCACGCGUUGAUCAGGUGAUAGACGAAUGGCGAUGGUACAAGUCAACAGUUCCCACAUACGGUGCAAUUCUUCUGGAUGAGACGUUGAAUCAUGUCUUACUUGUACAAGGAUUUUACGCCAGCAAAAACAGCUGGGGAUUUCCGAAGGGAAAGGUGAACGAAGGGGAAGAACCACGGUGUUGUGCUAUACGUGAAGUUUUCGAAGAAACGGGGUUCAACUUUGGUGAUCAUCGCCCCCACGGUGGUGAAAAGAAACUUCAAAAGUUUGUGAAUGAAACAAUGGUUCGCCUGUACAUUGUGCCCGAUGUGCCAACAGACUUUCCAUUUGCUCCGCAAACCAGAAAUGAGAUUAGGAAGAUACAAUGGUUCAAUGUGUGGGAGCUUCCAACUGAUCGCAAUGAUCAACAUCGAUUUGGAAUCUUGUCUAAUCACAACUUCUACACCGUCAUGCCAUUCGUUCAGGAUCUUCAAAAAUACAUUAUGAAGGAGCAAGAACGACGAGCGAUAGCGGCUACGGAGCGUCAGAGAGGAUAUGAACAAAAGCCGGGUAGUUUAUCCACAUUUGGAGAUGCACAUACCAAAGAUAUAUCGGCAGUCAUGGACGCGUUAUUCUCACCGUCACUGUAUCCGAAUACAACGGUCAACUCCGCUUAUGAUCCCAAGCGACGCACUACGGUACCGCUUCCGAAUAUGCCCUCUCUAGAAGAAACUAUCUCCAAUACUUCUGCGAAUAUACCAAACCUAGCGUCGCAAACUACGUUUGGUCCUCGCGACGGUCUACUUGACCGCACAUCGAGAUUCGUAUCUACUUCUGGAAGCCAUCCGCCUCACGCAAGCCAGUUCCGUCCUCUUGAACAAAGCCCUCUAGGAAAAGCUGUGCUUAAUCCGCUGGCCAGUUCUGCUGGCAAAACUCCUCGUGGAUCGACUGAAAAAAUUGCACCGCCUCAGAUUGCCCAUCCAAUAGCAAUUCCAGCACAGCAAGCUCCAGCUCCCUUCGUAAACCGUCCUGUCUAUGUUGCUCCCAAGGAAAGAUCAGCAAGGAUUAGUCUGAGUGAGACAUCGGCUUUCACUGCUUUCAAAUCACCGUCAGUGAGCGCUUCCACUGACAUAUCAGCUGGAGCCACUGAGAAAAUUGAAAUGGAAUUGCAUAAACUAUUAUGUGGCUCAUCCGAUGUAAGCGAUUCUACCACAGGCAUCCACGGUGGUGACGAAAAGACGCCUACCGCAUUUCUGGAUAGUCUCAGUCCCGAAACUGAUCUGGGAUCAGAGUUUGCAUACUUCCCUGGUCUUAUGUCUGAUUCUAAUCAUACUGGAGUCGGCUACGUGCUGCCCUUCACUAGAACAGAUGGUUAUAUUGUGCAGUUGUGUGACGCUUGGAAGGAUUUCAAACUUGAUAGGGCUGCCAUAUUUGCUGGCCUCCCUGGAUUCGAAACUGCUAGAUAAGACUUCCACCAUAUCUUUGUCUCUAUAUGAUUGCAUAAGGAUUCUGCAUCUUUCUAUACGGUCAAUCAUUUCGUGAUAGGUACCCUAGUCAGGAGUGCAGUUAUAAAUCUCUUGUCUUGACUCGCCUUUUCCGCUAAUGGCGAAAUUAUUAUUGUUCGAAUUUUGACGUCAAUUUGACUAAUUUUACGGAGUACAUACCAAAAUGUCCACGUGAUAGAUUAUACCAAGUCUUUUUUGGAAAAAGGAAGCUUUUGUGAGUCAAGACUGCUUACUCAAUAUGUGUUGUAUCUGUUUUAUCUUGCACUUGUUGUGACUGAAAUCU